CAAACCACUCGCUCCCUGACUCGAUCCCCAGUUUGCUCCGUCGCCAGUGUUUUUAUUUUUUUUUUCCUGCUCGUGAUCUGCCAAUGUUCUCUGUUCUUGUGAUGCGUGGCGCUGCUCAGAUCACCUCCACACGUUACGCUAAACAAGGUCUUUGAAGGUUUCCAGUCAAGACUGAAAUAUGUGACCUGCAACGGAAGGUGUGAGUUGUGCUGGUGACUGAGAUGGUGCCACCAGUGCCGUCCACUGCCCACUGCUCCCCGGUACUAAUGGACCCAGAAAAACAACAACAACAACAACAACAAAGCAAGAUUUAAUGGAAACUUUCAUCACUGACGGAGAGAAAGAGAAAUAACUGAAAAUUCGGAUGACUGUUAGACACUCCGGCACAUGUGUUAUCACGUCGCUUCCUGUGGGGGUGCACCAAGCGUAUGCAUUAAGACAACCGCUAGGGCUCAAACGCAUCCAGAGUGCCCCGCAUCUCGCCACGCCUCUCCUCGCGUCGUCUCGCCUCGCUCAAGUGCCAAAGAAUUAAAGAUGAGUGCCGCCGGUCGGGUCCUGAAGAUCGUGGCGGUGGGUGACGGCUUCGUGGGCAAGACGACGCUACUCAUCACCCACACCACGGGAGUCUUCCAGGAUGAAUACGUGCCCACGGUAUUCGAUAACUACGCCAGUACGAUGAUGGUGGACGGGGCUGAGUACUCCUACACUCUCUGGGACACGGCGGGGCAGGAGGGAUUUGACAGGUGCCGCGUGUUGUGCUACUCUCAGACCAGCGUGUUCCUCGUGUGUUUCUCCAUCGACUCCCCGAACUCAUUUGAAAACGUGAAGGAUCUCUGGUUGCCGGAGGUCAGGCGGGAGUGUGGAGAGAAGAUUCCCACGGUGCUUGUAGCCGCCGCACGCCACCCUGCCUGCCGUAAUGGACUGGCACUGUACGUCAUCCGAGGAGUUAUUGUGAUGACCUGCUCGUCCUUCCGCGCUACUGAGCAGGAGAAAUGGCCGGUAUUUCUUAGGGCAUCCUGUACCGUGUUCGUCUUGUUCCUGACGAGAGAACCAGAGACGAGCCAGCACUGAUGUGGCCUGCGUUAGCGGGGGCAGCAUAUCAAGACGCUGACUGGCACACGCUCACUAUGAGAAGAUGAACGCCGGGCUGAGGCUACCGAACUCCUGCAGCGAACCAGGCACAGCACAUGAUACCUGCCACUUUACACACACACACACACACACACACACACACACACACACACACACACACACACUUUGUGCACCACUCUCACCUCGAUUUAGUAUCCUCCUUACACUACUACUACUACUACUACUACUACUACUACUAUUUUCAAACGUUUUUUUUUUUUUACUUUUUUAACUUCCCCAACGUUACUACUACUUCUACUAUAUUCACUUCCACAACAACAACAACAACAACAACUGCUACUACUACAACAGCUACCACCAUUAUUUUCCCACUUUUCUCAGCCAAACGUUUUUUCUUAAAUUCAAUCCAUUUUUUUUUUUUUUUUAACUUCCCCAACGCAAUCACCCCCCAAGGCCGUCACCAUUCACUUAAUAGUUGCCUGAUUGGGUUAUUCAUCCCGGCGCCGCGACACACAACCCGCCACCGCAAAGACUGAUCCUCCAAUCCUCCCAAUCACUAAUUCUUUACCACCGCUGCUAUGAAUCGUUCGCCGAAAAGAGCAAAUUGGUCCCAUGACUGAUCAGAGAGGAAUUGUUCAAACGCGUGACAAACACACAAACAAAAGAUACAAACAGAAAAACACAUGCAGGGCGACUAGGCGAUUUGUCAGAUAAAUGAGCCAAUUUGAAUCGUCUUGUAUUACUAUUAUUAUUAUUAUUAUUAUUAUUAUUAUAUUUCCGUAAUUUUUUGUAGUUGUGGUUAAGGAUGGUUGUAUUCUCAGUUGUUCUACAUCCUAAAGGGGGGAAAAAUAUACGUAAAAAAACAGGAAAUAAAAAAGGCACUCAGACGCGAGAGUAAUGUGAGAAAGAAACAAAUGUUGUGGAUUGAUGCUGAUCAGACUCAUGGAACUCACCUAAAAUCAAAUAAUCGUUUCUUUUCAUCUUUUUUUCUUCUUUUCUGAAUAAAAAAAUAGCGAGUUUUUUACGUCUAUAGUUUUGUGUCCUUGGCCGCUGUUCCGCAUGAAAAACGCCGACUUCAUAACAAGAAAGAGGAAGUUUAAGCAAUGCCAAUAUAGUGCUUCAUCAAUUUCACCUUGAAAUAUGUUAACAAAUUUUUGAUGGAGUCGCUGCAGUAAAUCAUACCAGCUAAACACACACACACACGCACACACGACGACAGAUACUCACAAAACCACUUUUUUUUUAUUAACUGAUAAGAAUAUACAUGUCCUUUAUUUGAAUUUAUGUUUUGAAAUAAUAUAAUUAAAUAACUGGGUAAAGAGCAAUAAGCUGAGACAAUGUUACAAAGACAAAGUAUGUCUUGGAGAUGCUCCCAACAUUCUAGACAUUUUUCCUAACCUCUAAUCCUUCUGCUUAUGCUGUCUACCUCUCUUCUCCGCUAUGAUCCUCCGAUCAUAAUCUCAUACCUGUAUCUUAUCCUAUCGCUCCAAUCCCUCCUCAGGAUCCCCCUAAGCGGAGGUGCCUCUGGCGUUUUGCGUCUGCUAUUUUGGGGGGGGGGGGGACCUGAGGAGGUACUUUGCUGAUUUUCCUUGGAAUGACUACUGCUUCCGUGUCAGAGACCCAUCUGUG